CGGGCAAGCGGCAGCGGCGGCCAGAGGCCAGGCCCUGAAAGGGCGAGCGCGGGACAUGGAGAAGGUACGGCCUCAGUGGAGCAACCCCCUGCAGUUCGUGUUCGCCUGCAUCUCCUACGCGGUGGGCUUGGGCAAUGUGUGGCGCUUCCCCUACCUGUGCCAGAUGUACGGCGGAGGGAGUUUCCUGGUCCCCUACGUCAUCAUGCUCAUCGUGGAGGGGAUGCCACUCCUGUACCUGGAGCUGGCCGUGGGGCAGCGCAUGCGGCAGGGCAGCAUCGGCGCCUGGAGGACCAUCAGCCCCUACCUCAGCGGUGUUGGCGUGGCCAGUGUGGUGGUGUCCUUCUUCCUCUCCAUGUACUACAAUGUCAUCAAUGCCUGGGGCUUCUGGUACUUCUUCCACUCCUUCCAGGAUCCCCUGCCAUGGUCCGUCUGCCCACUGAACAGCAAUCGCACCGGCUACGAUGAGGAGUGUGAGAAGGCCUCGUCCACGCAGUACUUCUGGUACAGGAAAACGCUCAACAUCUCGCCGUCCAUCCAGGAGAACGGAGGCGUGCAGUGGGAGCCGGCGCUGUGCCUCACCCUGGCCUGGCUGAUGGUCUAUCUGUGCAUCCUUCGGGGCACCGAGUCAACUGGCAAGGUGGUCUACUUCACCGCACUGAUGCCCUACUGUGUGCUUAUUGUCUACCUGGUCCGCGGCCUCACACUCCAUGGAGCCACCAAUGGCCUGAUGUACAUGUUCACACCCAAGGUGGAGCAGCUAGCCAACCCCAAGGCCUGGAUCAAUGCAGCCACGCAGAUCUUCUUCUCUCUGGGCUUGGGUUUUGGCAGCCUGAUUGCUUUUGCCAGCUACAAUGAGCCUUCCAACGACUGCCAGAAGCACGCCAUCAUUGUAUCCAUCAUCAACAGCUCCACCUCCAUAUUUGCCAGCAUUGUGACCUUCUCCAUCUAUGGCUUCAAGGCCACCUUCAACUAUGAAAACUGCUUAAACAAGGUGAUUCUCCUGCUGACCAACUCUUUCGACCUUGAGGACGGCUUUCUGACAGCCAGCAACCUGGAGGAGGUGAAGUCCUACUUGGCAUCCACCUACCCAGACAAGUACAGCGCCGUAUUCCCACACAUGAGAAACUGCAGCUUGGAGUCUGAGCUGAGCACGGCUGUCCAGGGCACGGGCCUGGCCUUCAUCGUCUACACGGAGGCCAUUAAGAACAUGGAAGUGUCCCAGCUGUGGUCAGUGCUCUACUUCUUCAUGUUGCUCAUGCUGGGCAUGGGAAGCAUGCUGGGAAACACAGCGGCCAUCCUUACCCCUCUGACGGACAGCAAGCUCAUCUCCAGCUACCUGCCCAAGGAGGCCAUUUCAGGUCUGGUGUGCCUCGUCAGCUGUGCCAUCGGCAUGGUGUUCACCAUGGAGGCUGGGAACUACUGGUUUGACAUAUUCAACGACUACGCGGCCACACUGUCCCUGCUGCUCAUUGUGCUGGUGGAGACCGUAGCUGUGUGCUAUGUGUACGGGCUGAAGAGAUUUGAAAGUGACCUUCGGGCCAUGACUGGCCGCACCCUCAACUGGUACUGGAAGGCCAUGUGGGCGUUUGUGAGUCCACUGCUCAUCAUCAGCCUCUUCAUCUUCUACCUGAGUGACUAUAUCCUCACGGGAACGCUGCAGUACCAAGCCUGGGAUGCCGCUCAGGGGCAGCUGGUGACCAAGGAUUACCCCCCACAUGCACUAGCUGUCAUCGGUUUGCUGGUGGCUUCAUCUACCAUGUGCAUCCCCCUGAUGGCCCUGGGAUCUUUCAUCAGGAAUCGCCUCAAGAGAGGAGGCUCUGCCCCAGUGGCCUAAGAAUGGACCUCCCAGAGACCGAAGUCAGCCACUCUGUUCCACAGAUACUGCCUGCUGGUGGGAGCUCCUUGGCUGGGGUGCUGAUCUGGAGCCUCCUGGGUCUGUAAAGUGGAUGAGGGAGCUUAGAGGGAGAAGACUGCCUUGGGGAGGGGACCCCGUCCCUUAGGAGGGCCCUCCAUCUUCUGUCAUCUGAAGGCCAUACCUUGUAGCCUCCUUGUCAUCAAGAGCUAAGGCCAGAAUUGAAGAUCAUUGUCUCCUUGAUUCUAGAGAGUCCUAGAAUUUAAGGUAAAACUGUCAUUAGAAACUUGACUGUAACUCUAAGGAGCCAAACAAGCAAUUCGUUUUACUGUUGUUGUUGUUUUUGUUUUGUUUUGUUUUGUUGUUUAAAAGAAAACAAAAUACUAGAGGGCGAUUGCUUUUCAGCCAGGGUUAGGUUCUGAAGCGCAUAAGGUGACAUAUUAGAAUUCAUUCUAAUUCUUUUCCUUAAAGUUUUCUUUAAAGUCACAAUCAAUAUGUAACUUCUGUGUUCCCCGACUAUCCUGUAAAUGCCACCAGGAUGGAAUGGCCACUAAGAGAGAGUUUUGCCGGGCCUCUGAAGGAAGUCGCCUUUCUCAGAAUCUAAGGUUCCUCACAGUGGGCCAGCACCAACCUCUCCACCACUCUAGGCUGUAUGAGAAAUCUGUACAGACACUCCCAUCCCGAGGGUUUCAGGGUCACAUACAUCUAUGAGGGUACACAUG